UGCGGCGCGCGCAGACGGUUUCCGGCCGGCCGGGGGUGUCGCGGGAGCAUGGGGAAAGUGAGGGGGCUGCGGGCCCGGGUUCACCAGGCGGCGGUGAGGCCCGCGGGGCCGGCGGCGCCCGGCCCCGCGCCCCCGGCCCGGGAGGCGGCCCCCGCGCAGGCUUCGGCCGGCGGAGUCGGGGCGAAGGAAUGGGCUUUCAUGAACACUGAUGUUUUUGCCGGGACCAAGAUAGACCCCAGUGCCUUGGUGCAGAAGCUGGACCCAGACACAAGGAGCGUUGCUUCCAUCAGGAGAGGUGCGGACACCCGGGCCAUUUUGCCCAAGAAGGAGAAACUGAAGCUGAGGCGUGAGAGGUGGCUGCAGAAGAUCGAAGCCAUAAAGCUGGCCGAGCAGAAGCGCAAGGCAGAGCGGAGACGGAGGGCCACGGUGGUGGUGGGGGACCUGCAGCCCCUGAAGGACGCCCUCCCUGAGCUGCUGGAGCUGGAGGCCGGUGGCCGGCGGCUGCGUUCUGCAGGGGUGAGGGUGAGCAGGAGGCCCCGGCCCGCCGAGUUGAGCCGCAUGAGUGCCACGCAGAGGCUCCAGCUCCUCGAGGAAGAAAGGGCCCGGUUUCGGGAGCUGCUGGCCAGUCCGUCCUACAGGGCCAGCCCCCUGCUGGCCAUCGGGCAGCAGCUGGCCCAGCAGAUGCAGCUGCACGGCGGCGGCCAGCUCUGACCUGGUGCGGAGGCGUGCCGUGAGCCCCGAGGACCCGCCCCUGCCGUCAUCGCCUUGAACCCGGCGGCAGUGCCCACCGUGAGGAUGAGCUGUGGCGUGACCUCGGGCAGUGGGCCUGCGGGCUUCCUUCCAGGCUGCUCUUGGGCUUUUCUGGGCCGGCCGACCGGGAUGGCACGACCUACCGCCCGGCAGGCGUCAGGAUCCCGAGACGCGUCCACGUUGCUCCGUGCUUCGGGAGCGCUUGCCGCCCUCCCGGUUCCCGGGGGCUCGGAUGGAACAUCUCCUGUCUGCUUCUCCCGUUUUGUCUCCGUGCCGCUCCCCCGGCCCUCUCCCCGCUGUGGCCCCGAGCCCAGGUUGCUCCCCUCCACCUGCUCUUGUGGUUAAGGGGAGCAGGGCCGCUGCUGUCCGUCAGCCUGGACGCGGGGCACAGGCCUGGUCCCGCCCUGCGGCGGCUGACCCGAGAGCAGGAUGGGUAUUUAUUGUGAGAAGCCUGGGGUUUGGAGGCCGGACUGUGGGAAAUCAGACUUAAACCCUUGAUUCGAGGAUGUGGAGGGGGCUGCUUUUCCGGCCAGAGGCCCCGAGCUCGUGGAUGUGUGGCUCAGAGGCCUGGGCCCCCGCGGCGGCAGCUCUGGGCCCAGGACGGGGCCUGGGUACCAGCGCCCCUCACAGGCGGGCGACAGCCUGGGCGUGCUGCCUCUGCGUCCGGGCGCCAGGCCAGUCUGGGCCCUGUGGCUGAUCUGUCCCUGACCUCUAGUGGCGUGGCCGCCGUGCUCACGACACACAGACACCUCAGCAGUGUCCGCCGGGCCUGUCCAGGAACGGAUGGCUGAAUGGAAUCGGAUCCUGGACCCCUUCUCUGCACAAGAGCACACGGUGUGGACACAUCACAGGGACGGGACACAGAAGGGACAGAUAAGACCACAGAGGCUGCAGGUGGCAGCCGAGUCCCCUCAGCCAGAGGUCAGCGUGGUCAUGUCGCCAGGACCGCCAGGCCCUAAGGGACGGUAUGGUCUUGUUCUCAGCACAGAAACCAGUUCUCCAUAAGUGAGACAAGCUGUUUACAAAGUGGUAUUUGUGACAAACUCGUUUCUGCAAUAAAAUCACUGCUGGGAAAAAGAGUGGGGCACUGGCCGCCUGGGAGACGGCGCGGAUGCCUGGGCGUUUCCCCAUCACGCC